CCAAAGCCAGCCCCGUGGCCCUGGCAGAGUCCUGGCCACGCCAUGCCCCACGCCGGGCUCUGCAGCUGCUGGGGCGGCCGCCUGCUGCCCCUGCUGCUGGUCUACAUCUGCUACCUGCUGCUCGGCGCCACCAUCUUCCAGCUGCUGGAGAGGCAGGCGGAGGCUCAGUCCAGGGACCAGUUUCAGUUUGAGAAGCUGCGCUUCCUGGAGAACUACACCUGCCUGGACCAGCGGGCCCUGGAGCAGUUCGUACAGGUCAUCAUGGAAGCCUGGGUGAAGGGCGUGAACCCCAAAGGCAACUCCACCAACCCCAGCAACUGGGACUUCGGCAGCAGUUUCUUCUUUGCAGGCACGGUUGUCACUACUAUAGGAGAGGGGAACCUGGCCCCCAGCACCGAGGCAGGCCAGGUCUUCUGUGUCUUCUACGCCCUGGUGGGCAUCCCCCUCAACGUGAUCUUCCUCAACCACCUGGGCACAGGGUUGCGUGGCCACCUGACCACACUGGAGAGGUGGGAGGACCAGCCCCGACGCUCCCAGGUACUGCAGGUGCUCGGCCUGGCUCUGUUCCUGACCCUGGGGACACUGGUCAUUCUCGUCUUCCCGCCCAUGGUCUUCAGCCACGUGGAGGGCUGGAGCUUCAGUGAGGGUUUCUACUUUGCCUUCAUCACUCUCAGCACCAUCGGCUUCGGGGACUAUGUUGUCGGCACGGACCCCAGCAAGCAUUACAUCUCGGUGUACCGGAGCCUGGCGGCCAUCUGGAUCCUCCUGGGCCUGGCGUGGCUGGCGCUGGUCCUCCCAUUGGGCCCUCUGCUUCUGCACAGGUGCUCUCAGCUCUGGCUGCUCAGCAGGGGCCUCCGCCUCAAGGAAGGGGGAGUUCCUGAGGCCAAUGGGCUCCCCAGACCUCAGAAGAUCCCCACCUCUGCAUGAGCCUCCCUCCCUCACAGUGGCCCAAGGAGCCCCUCUCAGCUUCCCCCGCCC